AACGGGGACCCGGGGCCGGCGCGCGUGCUUCAGGCACAAUUAGGCGCCGGCAGGCGGGCAGACGAGACUUGGCCACGAUCCCCCUGGCGCGCACCAGCUCGGACCGCGGCCGGGCGCCGGCAGCCUGCUAGGGCCGGCCACGGCCUGGCACCGCCUCGGCGACGGUUUGCCUGGCGUUGGCGGGCUUGGGCCGCGAUCUGGCGUCGGCCUGGCUACGAUCUUGCACCGGCUUGGCCACGAGCCUGGGGGUCUGCCGUGCCCGUUUUUCGCUUGGUCUCGGGGCCCGCUUGGUGGAUGUCUUGGAGGUGGCCAUAAAUAUACAUCUCGUCAAUCGUAGAAAGGAAGCGAAGAAGACAACCUGCUACAACAACUCCCAUGCUGCAACCAUACAUACCACGGAAAAUUGGAACGGAAAACAAAAGGAGCUGCAUG